AUGAAACACUCUAAGAACUCCAACGUGUUUCAUUCAUCAAACCCAAAUCCUGUAAAGGGUUUCACGGGACACGUCGGAAGCAGAUCUUAUGCUGAAGUUGCAGGAGCCAAUAAGUACAACAAAACAAUUCCCCCACCGCCACCUCCGCCACCUAUACUCGCAACCUCUCUGUAUAUCGAUAAGGAUAUGGAGAGAUGGAUCCAAAAGACCACUCUAAUUGGCGAAGUAAUAUCUCUUGAUCAUCUUGGUAACCUCCGUACCCUGCUGUCAAUUCAUAGUGAUAUAGUGGCCAACAUGAAAUAUGCAGGUCGGAUAAAGGUCAUUCUUAGUUUCUAG